GUCAUGUGAUUCCAGUCAGGACUUGAUUAGCGACCGCACUGUUUACCUUCCGCUGCAGACAGAAAUAGCAGAGAGGGGGAAUGCCCGACUUUCUCUCAUCAUAAUGUACUCUCACAGUUCAGAGAGCUUAAUUAAACAAGCGAGAGAGAUCCAGGAGCCUGAGCUGCAGAAGUUUUACAGCCGAUUAGGCAAGCUGCUCCAGGGGAAGGAGCUCGGUCAUGAGACUGUGGACUCCCUGCAGAGGCUGCACCUCAUCCUCUCUGCCAACAAGUACACCCGGAUGUUGCCUCCAGAGCUUCAGAAGAGGCUUCAAUCGCUCCUCUCCUCACCAGCAGAGCAGUUUCAGGUGCUGAGCUCAGCUGUGCUCAGAGAGACACUGCCCCUCUCUGGUCAGGAUGUGAACUACAACCAGGAGAACAUCAGUCAACUGAACAGCCAUGCUGCUGCACUGCUGCUCUCACAGGCUGCAUCCAGGGCUGAUCUGUCGUCUAUCUGCGCUCAGCUCCUUCGCAGUCUGGAAAGCCGACAAUCAGAAGGGCCAACCAGCUCGCUCACACAGACCCUGCCGAUCCUCAACACCGUCCUCACACACAGCCCAGACUGCCUCACUGAAGAUCACGUGACCCUCCUGAGUAAAAAGCUUGUCGAUUGGUUGCGUUAUGCUAGCAUCACUCAAGGAGGCGGCGCUUCCUCAGGAGGAUUCUUCACAGGGCCCAGGUCACGUCAGCCGGUGCCGAUAGCAGAGCUGGAUGGGACGGUGUCGGGGGAUUUCUUCACCGUGCUGUGUGUGGGCCAGGGCUUCACUGAGGACCAGUGGAUGAACGUCUACUCCUUUUCUAUGCUUCGCCACUGGCUCCUCACCUACCACUCUGUUUCCAACGGCAACAACGCAGCUGACACUGCUACAAGGAACAUCAGCCUCAAAGUAUCAACUGUGAAGGCUGCAGUUCAUUCAUAUCAGCCGUCUCAGAUGACCUGCUCUGUGUUUUCAUCGUCUCCAGCAAACAGGCUGCAGCUCAGCCUCUCCCUCUCCUACUCCUUUUCUAAUGAUGACCGAUCGGAGGUGGACGGAUCGGUUGUUUCCAUGGUUUCAGCAACUUCCUCCUCCAGCCGACUGCUGCCUCCAAAGGAGCGUCUGAGAGAGAAGGCUUUCCAGUACUGCCAACGCCUCAUCGAACAGAGCGAUCGCAAGGCACACAAAAGGACAGAUGCCGACCUGCAGAAAGCGUGCCUGGUGGAGGCGGUGUGUAUCCUGGACUGUGUGUGUGAAGAGGACGCCUCGCUGGUCUACCGGACGUUCCCGUGCAUCAAGGCGCUCUUUGGACGGCUCAGCUCAGAACUGUCGUUUGCCAGAGUCCUGCUGCCCAUAGCUCAGUUCUACCUCAACCACGGCGAGAUGGCUGCAGUGGAUUGUGAGAGCGUGUGGAAGCUGGUGUUUGACCGAUUCCCUGCCGAGCUGUUCAACGACCACUUCCUGGCACAUGAGCUCCUACGCUUCCUUCGACUGAACCUCGAGAGCCUGCAGCUCCGAGUCCCACAGUACACCCACUCCUUCCCAAACCUGCUGAAGUUCCUAGCUUGGGACAGCCCGGCGGUGGUGGAUGACUUUGUGGAUCUCCUGCCCUCUCUGGUGACAGCUGGAACUGCAGUGGAGCUUCUCCACACUCUGCUGGACCUGCCCUGUCUCUCUGCCACACUGGUCCUGCAAGUCAGGUCAACUUCUUUGCCCAUCUCCGAGCCAGGAGGGCGUGGCCUCCUGUCACUUGAUGCAUUUCGAAGCCAAUCUUUCCGAGGGCUUUUCCUCUUCCUGCUCCGAGGGGAAGCAGGCUCAGGUGACACAAUUGACCGACUGAGCACACUCCACGAGCUGCUAGCUGAGACUGCUGAUUGGCCGCGAGUUGUUCAGUGUGCCCAGACGGUCCCUGUGCUGUUGCACAUUUUUUUCAAUACGGUCAUUACGGUAGCUGAUGAGAAGCUUUUAGCCCACUUGAUUCUGGUGAUGCUGGAGAGAAGCAGCCUCCUCCUCAACAUCCCCAAAUACAAUAAGGAGAUACACAGGGUGUUCAGCAGCCACCUGCUGAGGUUGUGCAAACUCCACGCGUCUCUGGUGGUGGACCAGUCUCAUGAGCUGCUGGAGUUCGCCGGAACCACGGCCAACGUCUACAGCAAAGAAGAAAUCUACACACACGUGGUGUGGGUGCUGGGAGAGUACCUCUCUGUGCCAUGUGACUCUCGCUGCUCCGUGAGCCUCAUCACUUCCUGUUUUGAGGCGUUGGAGGCGGUGCUGUUUGAGAUCACUUCAUCUGCGCCGCCACCCGGAGCGGAUUGCCCCGCCCCCAGAGUCGUCACCACUCUAAUGAGCGCUCUGGCUAAGCUGGCGUCACGAUCACAUGACCUCAUACCCAGGGUGUCUCUGUUCCUCUCCAAACUAAGAACGGUAACCACAGUCGGGUCAGUUGCCUGGUGCUCCGAUGAGGAGGACCUUGUUGCCAUAGUGACGCGAGGCGAGGAGUUGUGGUCGCUGCUGAAGGCCCCCGGUGUGGCUCAGAGCGUCCUGACCCCGCCUCCACACGUCACCACACCCCAGUGGCACAGAGACACCAACGUGGCCAUGCCCCUGCAACUGCGGGCCCUCACCAACCUCACACUCACGCAGUAAUACACACUGACAUGCACACCCACAUCAUCAUUUUGAAUUCGCACUUUUCCGUCAUAUCCUAAUGAAUCGUUGCACAUUAUCUUUGUAAAUAAAUGACAUUAUGUGAUUGAAA